CCGUGUCUCUAGUCGCGGUCUCAUUCGACAAUCCUCCCUUCACCUCAGUCACCACACGCGACGCACAGCACAUUUAUGAUUAUUGCAGUUGUCGCUUCUAACUGAUGACACUGGUUUAUCAUUAUUGACGCCAAUUCCUGACCCUCCUCAAAAAAAUUCCCCCCUCCGUCUGUCUCUCCCGGACAAUCAAAUAUAACUACUCGAAUCGUAGAAUUGCAAUUCGAUAUAAGUGCUUAGUUCGUCUUUAUUUGUAUGGUGAUUUUCUAGUUGAAAAUUAACUUUAUUUCGAGAAAGCGACUCUAAGAGCUAGUUUUGUUUACGUUUCCCCGGCGCCACCUCGCGGUAAGUGUGUGAUACACUCGAGUUUACCGCUGUUUUGAGGUUAUGUUUCCCAUCUCGAGCGGGGAACAUCGAUAGUCUUUGCGCGUUAUUUACGUCAUUACGUCGCGACGAUGACAUAUCCUUUGUUUUGGUACCCCCUGUUGAAUGCUUCAUAAACGAGUCGUAAAUUUAUUUAUAAUGACCCAGCUAAUCGGCCGAUCCUCUACACCACCGUGGGUCCAGCGGGAUAAGCUCAGACGGGCGUGUUUUUGUCGGACACCUGUUCGAGCAGUAAAUUGCGGAGUUUAAAGUGUUUGUUGGAAGUGAAAUGUGAAUCGUCGCGAUGUAACAAGUGAUAUUGCCGAGAAUGGAGGCUGAUCUGAUCUGAUAGCCGCCUUAAUGCGAGUGAUUUCUGGUGAUAGCGUUAUUUUUAUAUUUAGCCGUUUUAUAAGAUCGACAAUAACAGUGAUAACGGAGUGUCGUACAUGUGCUAUGUGCUAGAUAAGUACUGUAGUCGACACUGGUGUUAAGUGUGCUGAUAAGAUUAUAUUGCUACUGAACUCACAUCUCCUCGUUCGGUCAUACCGAGUGGAUUAAAACCGCCUAUUGCGGCCAUUUCGGUGCUAUUAAAAUUGAUUUUAGUUUUUAAUUACUGUUACGAUAUAUUUUUACUAUAAAUAUUUUACUAUAAAAUAUUCUCAUUCGUAAACUCGAUUUAAAUAAUUAUUUUUUGUUAGUAAACGAUUUAUAUUUAAAACGUUAAAAACAAUGUGAUUAAAUUAAUUUUAAAAUGGAAGAAUAUUAUGACUGCGAACCUUUGAAUUUAGUUAAGAAAAAGCCUAAACCGGUGGCAGUAGUCGCACCGUCGUCAGUGGUAGAUCCCGGGGACGGGGAUGGAAAGGGGGCGGAGUCCGAGGACGAUGAGAUCAAGGUGGAAGUGGAGGACCUCAGUGUCGGCAAAAAGUCGCGUGACGAGGGAGUGGACAACAAGGAGGAAGGUGAAGGAAAGCUCGUAGAAGACUUGAAUAAAAACUAUUGGGACAAGGCCGGGAUGGGAUACCGACGGACGGGCGAGAGAGGGUAUCCGAUGAUAGAGUCGAACUUUCUGACGGCGCUGUACAUGAGGAGUUUAGUGUCGUCGGGAGUGUUGCCGCCGUACCCGGGGUACCCGGUAUACCCGCAGUACCCGGACACGCAGUUCUCGCCUAUGUGGGCGCAGCAGAGGUUCUGGCAGAUGGUGCAGACCCAGACUCAGACCUCCGCUACUACAGACAGCCUCAGUAUCACCGUCCCUCGGCCCGCCACGGCACCUACACCGGCGUCACCCACCUCCACCUCCACCUCUACUGACGAGAAGAUGCCCGUCAAGAGGACCAAGCAGAAACGGUCUUCUUCCAUGGACCACAAGAACUCACUCAAUGAUGGCAAAUCUCAGGACUCAGGCCACACAAGUAAUAACCAAGACAAAAAGAAGCCUCACAUUAAGAAGCCUCUGAAUGCGUUCAUGUUGUACAUGAAGGAGAUGAGAGCGAAGGUGGUGGCGGAGUGUACACUCAAGGAGAGUGCAGCUAUCAACCAGAUCCUCGGUAGAAGAUGGCAUUCGUUAACGCGUGAGGAGCAGGCCAAGUAUUACGAGAAGGCGCGGCAGGAGAGACAACUGCACAUGGAAUUGUAUCCGGGCUGGAGCGCCCGCGACAAUUACGGCUAUGGAGCGAAGAAGAAGAAGCGAAAGAAAGAGCGAGUUCCCAUCUCGGAUUCAGGAGGUAACUCAAUGAAGAAAUGCAGAGCGAGGUAUGGUCUGGACCAGCAGAGCCAGUGGUGUAAGCCGUGCAGACGUAAGAAGAAGUGCAUCCGGUACAUGGAGUGUGGUGACGAUGGUAACCAGUCGGAGGACAACCUGGGGAGCUGCGGGAGUGUGGGCGAAGCAACGACGCCUCCUGACGAUGACACAGAGAGCUUCCAACAGAGUGUGAGCUCGCCUGGCGGCCUGAGCGGCCUCAGCAGUCUCACCUCUCCCUCCAUGAUCCUACCUUCCCCUUCGGCUAGUCUAGCGUCCCCCAGCGUAUCUCUGGCCUCCCCCUGCGGCCUAAGUCUGCAAUCACCUCUCACACCUCAUCAGCUGGACUCACCUGCCCCUUGUCUGCCGCUACUCAUCAACCAUCUUGCACCACCCCCCCGCAACCCUGUCGGGACCAACCCCCAUGACAUCAACAACCCGCUCAGUGUUAACCAGCUCACAGGCAAGUGUAUAAAGAACUCUCCUUCGACGUCAUCUGCUCCGUCGAGCAAGGACUCGGGUUCAAGCAGAGCCGUCAUUAGUGUCACGUAGCGUUCGGAAAAAGAACGGUAAUCCUAUCGGCGACCCGUUCUCGAAUAAACUGAAAAGCGAGUAGCGUAGUCGAACCGGAGCUGCGAAUUUCUAGUUGGCGGAGAAGUGAGAACAUCUAGUCGGAGAAGAAUCAUGUUCCCUCCGCUAACGACAGAAACAGUUUUUUCAGCUGUUGAUUGACGACAAUCUUACGCUUUGUUACUUCGAAGAGUUUUGUCGUCAGACAUAUAAUUUAACAUUCCUUUAAAAAAUUCGCAGUCGCCGGUUCUGAGUCAGUACUGUACCUAAUUUGAGUACUGAUGUAUCGAUGCCCUUCUUCUGUCCAGGAAUCAUUUGUUUUGGGGAAGAACAAUCAUUAAUCCUAUAAGUAAUUAUUUUUCCAUUAGAAAAUACCUAUUUUACUAUUAAGUUUAAAUUUUGGUGUAUGGUGAAUCAUAUCAAGUAAAAUCCUUUAACAUUAAAAAAAUUUCACGGCCGUAACUAUAUUUAAAAAUAUAGUAUUGAAAGCCCUCAAAACUUUUAAAUUAACCUUAAAAUAUUUUUGUACACCUGUUGGGUUUACAAUCAAGGCGGUAAAUUCAAUGAGUGACUACUAACUUAGAGUUAGUUAAUUGAAAUAACAUUUAAAAUGUAAUUCAACCGUCUCAAUCUAACACAUGAUUCUCGGACAUAGAUGUGGCUUGUCGCUGCAUAAGCUCAUUGUAAAAUACAAACUGUGUGAUAGUACGAAUGGAAGUGGUGUAGUUUUAUCGGUGUUAAAAAGUGUUGAGUGUUUCAGUAUAGUUAAACACUUUUAAACCUAAAAAUUACCUUUUUUUACUUUAACUGAUUGACCUUAUUGAGAUCCAACCUACAAGAAUACUCAGGAUUAUAUAUUAAUUAAUGUUUUCUAAUUUUAUGCAAAAUUAUUGUGUUUUAUGUGUAUACCAUCCUAGUUUCUGUGCUCAUCCUAGAGAUCUCUCGACGAGUAUUUAAGUUCCUGUAAGUUAACAUAAUUUGUCUAUAAUAGAUACAAAUAGUCAAAAUAUUUAUAAAAACGUAUGACAAGGAUUUAAUAUCAAAUCCUGGGAGUAUUAAACAUUUAUUGUUACUCAUAAGCAAUUCACUGCUUACUGUAGUCUUAUUGAUAGCUUUUAAACCCUUAAGGAUCCUUUCUUACCAAACAAUUACUGUUUUGUGAUUAGUAUCCGAAAAUAUUAGCUUGCUGAAUUCAUAAAACUUAUGAAGAAUAACAUAUGAAGACUAAUCUAUUGGAUUACCAAUGUUAAUUCUAUGGGAGAUGUAAUCUAAUCACAUGUUCAACAUCACAUUCAUAUUUAUGGUGAAGUAAAUAAUAAGAUGCUGUGUAAGAAAACAAUUUCACAUUGAUACAAGUUAUUAACAAGGAAUUGAAUUCAAAUCAAUCCAAAAUGUAUGCAUUAAAAGAUUUAUACUAAAAGAUAAUUGAGUAUUUCCAGGUUUUGAUAUAAAAAUGUCAUGAAUAGGUCUUCAUUUUAUAGUUACUAUACUGGAACCCAUUUAUUUUUGAUUUGGCAGUUAUUAUCAAUUUUGAUCUCCCACCAUAUCUGGGCCUCACAACCAAGCCUUUCAUCCUGAUGUUUUCUUAAAUGAUCAUAGGAAUUUAAAUAUUUUAUUGAUAUAUUUAAAAAUAUAUAUUUUGUUCUAUAAUUUGUAUUUUAUAGUACAUAAUCUGUCACAAUGCACUUAAUGAUAUACCGACAAAAAAAACUGGUAUGGCAACUGAUUUCUUUAAAAAACCCAUUGACUUUUUAAAAAUCUCUUUAUGUCUAUAAAAAUCCAUGUGUAUUUUUAGUCUUUAUUAUUAUUGUAUUCUUUGAAUUUUACUAGCAAUUAACAAGAAUCAUAAAUUAUUAUAAUUGAACUUCAAAUUUUGUAAAAACUUUGAACUAGCAAGAACCCUAUGGAAUGUGAGGCCUGAUGUGAAUCAAUGUAAACUCAAAUUAUUUCUAAUCUAGCAAACAAGUUUUGAUAUGUUUUUUGGGGAAUUGUGUAAUAAUUAGUUGUAUAAUUUUACCUAUGUACAAAAUGGAUUAGAGUAUGUUCAUGUGAUUGUAUAAUUUAUAAUAAAUACACAUUUCUCGUUUAUAAUAAAAUCUCACCUGUUAUUGUGCAAUAUUUGUUUGUUAGUUUUUGCUUCAGUAAUAAACAUACCAAACCUCAAUUUUUCUGGUUAUUAUUUUUUCAAUCCAUUUGUGUAUACUGUAAUUAAAAAAAAAUAAUUAUGUUAUGUUAAACAUUAAAAUUCAGUCCAACAAUCAAUAAACACAGGAACACAUAGAACAUAUUCUAGCUAAUCAAAAAUAUGUUGUUUUGUUGUUUUUGUUACUAUAUUAAGUAAACCAUUUAUUAAUCCUAACUUAAAAUGUUGUUGCUAUCAUUUAAGCCAUGUGAUUUAUGUCAAGUUUUGACUCAGUUGUGUUAUGCUCACUAAAUAAUAUCGACGUAAGCCAUUGUUACUUUUUUAUACUCUAUGUCAGAUGCUCUUCAAGUCGUGCUAUACGUGUCAUCAUUAUUUUUGUAUUUUUCCCAAAUAUAUUAUGUAAUUAAUGUAGAAAUGUAUAGGAUUAAUUUUUUAAAUGUGUUUUAAAACGAAGUGCCAAGAUGUUCUGUUAGCGAUAGACUCAUUUUGUAUCGGCCGAAAAGGAGUACAGUACGCAGCUUUUCAUUUAGUCGAUCUACUUAAUUUGUGAUACUUUACCAUCAAGACGAUUCCCCUUGUAAGAUUUCCACCGAAUGUCAUUUGGCGUGUUCUUUAUAUUUUUAUAGUGUAUAUUUGUGUAUUUAUCUACGAUGAAGCAUUGGUUUUGUAGUUUGUAUCGGAGAUCGUGGUUCCUCAGAACCCGUCUUCUCGGCGAUCGUUCAAGUCGAGUCGUCUAGCAAAAGAAAUUAAAUUUUAUCUAUCGAUUAUGUAUCAAUGUACUUAUUUGUUAAUAUGUUUCUAUAGUGUAAAUAGAUCUCUUUGGAAAUCAGACUGGAAAACCAAUUGCUAAAAGCUUUAUUCUAAGCUGGUGUAUUUAUAAAAUCUAUUUGUUUAAUACCUGUGUUAAAAGUGAGAUUCGUUUAUUUUACAAAUUAUUUAAAUAAAUUUUUAUACAAUUUAGGCUUUAUAGUUGACAGUUGUAAUAGAAUUGACUGUACCCGUGUGUAAUUACAGUCAGCCAUUUUGUUGGUGUUUUUGUUAUUUACAUUUAGGAAUGAAAUUUACUGUAAGUCUUGUCUAAUUCAUUAUCUUUUUAUGUAUAAAUCUAUAUUAUGGAAAAGAACAUUCUAGCCAUACUUAGUGUUGUCAAUCUUCCUGUAUUAUAGACGACCUCUGACUUCUGUUCAUUUGUUGUACCGUUCGUAAACAGCAAUGUCCAUGUUUUGUUCCUGGCUCUUUUUAUUUGCAACAGGAAUCCUCAGUAACCCAAUAUUUAUUAUACAUCGAACCGACAUAGUGAAGCAAUAGAACCAUAAUAAAGAUGUAUUGAUAUUGAU